CUAUGCUAUCACGCUAGGCGCCAUCCCGCUGGCGUUGAUUCUGCGUUUUGCUGUUAUGGCGGUCAGCAAAGCACGUCUACGCAGAAACGGCGAUGUGCGCUACUUCCUGAAGGCACCACUCCCCGCAUGGCUUUCUGGGCAGAGCAUAGUGCCUCGAUACGAAGUCGCCAUCUUCUUGGUGUUUUUCGCCGCAAAUGGGCUCUACGUCGCUGUCAAUAACCGCAGCUCAGGGGAAGCAACGAAACGCCUAGGCUCGAUUGCCAUGGUCAACCUCGUCGCUGUCUCGACCGGGGCGCACAUGAACCAGCUCGUUAGCAGCUGCGGCAUAUCACCUGGGCUCUAUCACCGCUUGCACACUUGCAUCGGCUUGACUUUAGUUGUCGAGGCAACCGCGCAUAUCGUUCUUCAGGUCAGGCAAGGACUUGAGUUUCGUGAGCAACUGAGCGGGAUCGUUGCCGCAAGUCUUCUUGGAGCAACCUUCAUCGUCUCCGCGCUUCAGAGAAGACUCUUCGAGGUCUUCUCCACGCUUCAUACAGCCUUCGCCUUGGGCAGUGUCGCAGCCUUAUGGUUGCACUUGCCAGCCACGCGUCUGACACAGCCGCCCAGAGUCUACCUACUUGCGACAAUUGCUCUGUUCGUAUUCAUAAAGGUACAGAGGGCGCUUCGCGUCGCAUAUCGUUCUCUUUGGCGUGAUCGGCGGUGCGAUGUCGAUCUCCACCAGUCGCACGAUGUCGUGCAGAUCGAUGUACAUCUAACACGACCCAUGGAAGUCCGGGCGGGCCAGUUCCUCUACUUGACUGUCUUGGGCUUUUCUACUUUCUCAUUCUUGGAGUCGCACCCCUUUCAGAUUUGCUGGACAGAGACAGGUGAGGGUGGCCGGCAGGAUAUUGUUGUUCUUGCUCGGCCACGGCGAGGAUUCACGCUGAAAGCAUCUGCCAAGACUAGGCAACGAUACCGUGCUCUAGUGGACGGCCCAUAUGGCACUACCAUAUCGCUUGGCCAGUACGGUACGGUCCUGCUCUUCGCGACUGACGUUGGCAUCGCCGGUCAGCUCACGUACGUUCGAGAACUAUUACGUCUGUACCAACAAUGCAUGGCCAAGAGUCGACGGAUCGCGCUCUAUUGGGAAUUGGAAGCAGAGGAACACAGGUUCUGGGUAAAGGAAUGGAUGAACGAGAUGCUUGCUCUUGACACAGAUUAUAUUCUUGACAUUCGACUCUUCAUCAGAGGAGACUAUCUUUCUCAACAAACGUCUCAAGGGACAGUGCAGCAGCUGGGUUCGCAUAACCGCAUCACUCUUACCUACACUAGCAUGGACCCCGAGAGCAUUAUUCAGACAGAGCUCUCAACUCGCAAAGGGAGGACCCUCGUCUCUCUAUGCACAAAUCCCAAAAUCACCCGAGCCGUUUUGAGAGGAAACAUUUGGGCCGACGACGUCGACGUGAAAAGGUUGGACUUCCAGCCGUGGUCGUCUUAACACGUGUGUGUGUGUGUGAG